UUAUUUAAUCAACCUAAACAAGAAGAUAGCCCCAGUAGCCCCCCAUUAGCGCUGUUGUAACCCACUCCCUCUUUUGCUGUAACUCACCAGAUCAGCUCUUCUAAAGAUAAUAUGGAAAGGGGCGAACAUGACUACACUGGGGUGGGUAUCAACCCAAUGUACCAGUCAUCUGGUACAAUAGCAACACAAGAGAGUGGAACCCAGUAUGAUGAGAUUAAGACCAGACCAAGACAAAUCAUUCACAAACCUCCCGAGAGAGUGACAACUUCAAAUUCAUUGUAUGCUUCUGCUAACGAGAUGCUGUUGAAGCACCCAACAGUAGGAGGGGGAGGGAACGGGCGAGUGUUGUCAAGUGCUUCGCCAGAUUUGAGUUUUAAAGAUGUCAAAGAGCGAUUUGGGUGUCCGUGUUCAUCUGAUGCCGCUAUACUGUCAUGCUCGAUGCUCGUCAUUUUACUUUCAAUUACUGCUAUUAUAUUGUCAUCAUUAUUAAUGUCUGGUGUGGUUAAUAACUCAACUUCAUCAUCGUCUCUCACUACAAUAGCAUCAGAUAAUUCAACUAAUAACAGGAUUAAUACAAAGGAUACUUCAGGACCGAACUGUACCACCUGCACUAAUAAUAAUAUAAACACUUCAAGUUUAACAGCUAUAAGAGAGUCAAUAUCAUUUAUAAGUGAAGAGAUAAAUAAACUGAUGCAAGAUAAAAAUAUGUCAACCAGUGGUGUACUGAAGCAGCUCAAUGAUUAUAUGUAUCAGAUUAAAAUUAUUAAUGAAUCAUUACAGUCAUUGAUACCUGAGUCUAAUAAACCAAGAAUGCCUACACUAACUGGAUUAAACCUAACAUCAUCAAUAACUAUCAAUAAUAAUGACUGUGUUGUUAGCAAUAUAGCAUGUAAUAUUGUUGUACAGUCUCUUUUUAAUCUCCAAACCUGUCAGCUAGCACAUAUACCAUAUGCUAAUACAACUCAUAUAAUAGUAUCAUCAUUUGGUAGUGUUACCCCAAUUGCUACAGGAGAUUUUAAUAGUACUACCAUUACACAGCAGGUUCAAGCAAGUUCUGGUGAGAUGUAUUUUUCUAAUGACACAAUCAUUGAAAGAUUAAGAAAAUCAUCAAUAUUUCCUCUUUGUUUCAGUUAUAACUUUGUUCCUGUAAAGUGUGAAUAUUAUUAUACUUUUUGUACCUAUCAAAGUAACUUUCCUAACUCCAUUCUUUCCGUACAUUAAUAAUUAUUUUUAUUUGUUUUUUCAAUGAACCACUUAUUACUACUAA